AUGCUGAGGGUCCGCAGUUCCCGUCGUGCCGUGGGCUUGAAGCCGACUGACUACGACCACGAGAUCGGCCUCGUCAACCACGAUGUGACGCCCCGCACUUUGAGCCCCGACACCGCACCCGGUGGUGCCUCUCCCGCGUCGCGCCUGAUAUCCUUCGCCCGCGAGUCCGGGCACGCCGCGGCCACUCAAGCCCCGGGUGACGGCGGCGCCUCGGCAGAGCAAUCCGCGGAAGAGAAUGGGUCGAGGCAAGACGGCCGUCAAGGUCAAGACCAAGGGCGGGCCGAGGCGGAGCACGAAGCGGAUUUGCCUCCUUCCGCGCCGCGGCCAUCGAUCGAGGUUCGAGCCCCGACGCCAGAAACAUCCAACGAAGGCGCCCGUCGACCACUACCCAAAAAGCCCCGCCCCAAGCGCCAGACAGCAAUUGAUAUCCUCUACGAGAACGAAAGAGGGGGCUUCCUUUGCGGCGCGGCUCUCUUCUCCUCGCGAGCUCUCGGCGGGCUGGAUCCGCCUCCCUGGACGAAUGCGUAUCACAAGGCCUCGCCGACGAGUAUACACACGGCCCAAGUACCCGACCCGUCGUGGGAGUGGAUAUGGCCCGAGUGGCGUAUCAACCACCAGGAGGGCAUGGACGAGGACGGAUGGGAGUAUUCAUUUGCCUUUUCCAAAAAGUUCUCCUGGCACAGCGCCAAGUGGUGGAACUCUUUUGUCCGGAGGCGUGCCUGGAUACGCAAGAGGGCCAAGAAGAAGACGCAGGACAUGUCGGCCGAUCCGCACAUGGUCAGCACCGACUACUUCACCAUCCGCCCGGCUUCACAUCCGAAGCGGCUUUCCAACGGCAGCCUGGGCAGCCGUGUGGCCAGCAAAUCGAGCAUGAGUCAGCUUUCUACGUCUGACGUGGAGGAGCAACCAGAUAUCGAGGACAUGGAAUCGCUACUGCGGACGCUGCGCUAUGCCAGGAUCGAUCGUGAGAAGCGUGAGGCGGUGGAAAACUACCUUGACCACGCGACUGACUUGUCUGACUUGCAGGAGGAGAUGCACGAAAUCAUGUCUUUAUUUGUGUUUCAAGCCUCGCGAAGGCAGCUACUGAGCCGCUUGAUGCGAAAGCACGAUGAGGCGGUGCAAGAGCUGGCAACUCAUGGAAACAAAGACAAGGCGGGACUCGGCCAACGAAAGAAGGCGCUCGACGCGGCCAUCAAGCACGCACAGGAGGAGGUCAGAAGACUUGCUUACUGGAGCGACGUCAAGCGAAUGGCGGAAGAGGGCGAGCUGAGAGACUCGCUUGACUCUCAGCAAGGCUGGUACGAUGCCAACUCGGGCUUGGACCAGAGCGGCCCCACGGCGCCCAACAAGGGGAAACUGCUGGGAUGA